GGCGCGGCGGUGGCGGCGGUGGCUGUGGCGGCGGUGGGGGCGUAGCGAAGAUGGCGGCGGGGGCGCUGCGCCCCGCUCCCGGCUGAGGUGCGGUCGCGCUCCCUGCGCCUCGGAGCGGCGGCGGCGAUGUCGGAGCCGGAGCACCUGGGCGGGAAGCGGGCCGAGUCGGCGCGGCUGCGGCGGGCCGAGCAGCUGCGGCGCUGGAAGGGCUCCCUCACGGAGCAGGAGCCGGUGGCGGCGGGGGGCGGCCGCGGGCGGCACCGCGGAGCCGGGGGGUCCCGAGUCCGCUUCGAGGAGGGCGCCGUGUUCCUGGCCGCCUGCUCCAGCGGGGACACCGAGGAGGUGAAGCGGCUGCUGGGCCGCGGUGCCCGCGUCGACACCACCAACGUGGACGGGCUGACAGCCCUGCACCAGGCCUGUAUAGAUGAGAACCUGGACAUGGUGAAGUUCCUUGUAGAAAAUGGAGCCAAUGUCAACCAACAAGACAACGAGGGCUGGACCCCUCUUCACGCAGUGGCAUCGUGUGGCUAUCUGAACAUAGCAGAGUAUUUAAUUAGUCAUGGAGCUAAUGUGGCCGCUGUGAACAGUGAAGGUGAAGUCCCAUCUGACAUCGCAGAGGAAGCAGCCAUGAAGGACCUGCUUCUGGAACAAGUAAAGAAACAAGGUGUAGACCUAGACCUGGCAAGAAAAGAAGAGGAGCAGCAAAUGCUACAGGAUGCCCGACAGUGGCUGAACAGUGGGAGAAUCGAAGACAUAAAGCAGCCCCGGACAGGUGCCACAGCUCUUCACGUGGCUGCGGCUAAGGGCUAUUCUGAAGUGAUGAGGCUCUUGAUCCAGGCUGGCUUUAAUUUGAACGUCCAAGACAACGACGGCUGGACUCCGCUCCACGCCGCUGCGCACUGGGGAGUGAAGGAAGCUUGCUCCAUCCUGGCGGAGGCGUUGUGCGACAUGGACAUCAGGAACAAGCUGGGCCAGACGCCGUUUGACGUGGCUGACGAGGGACUGGUAGAGCAUUUAGAAAUGCUGCAGAAGAAGCAAACUGUGCUACGAAGUGAGAAGGAGACGAGGAAUAAGCUAAUUGAAGCUGACAUGAAUGGCAAACCUCAAAGCGGACUCUUCACAAACAAAGAGAAGAUCCUCUAUGAGGAAGAUAUGCUGAAGUCCAUGGAGAUGGAGGAAGAGAACAAGGACUCUAGCAGUUCCAGCUCUGAAGAAGAGGAAGAAGCUGAAGAAGAUGAAGUUUCAGAAUCAGAUGCUGAAAAGGAGUCAGAAAGGAAGGAAGAGUCCUUUGCCAACCACUCCAGCCAUGAAACCAGGCCUAGCAUCACUGAGCAAAUACCACCACCAGAGUCCAACUCCUUCACUGCAUCUGCCAGAAGAUUCAGUUGGCUCAACAAGUCCGAUGAGCAGAAGGACGAGUCACCUUCAUCGUGGCGGCUGGGUCUACGGAAGACUGGCAGCCACAACAUGUUGAGUGAAGUUGCUGCUACUCGUGAGGCUCAGAGAGAUAAGACUUCUAUCUAUCGUUCUUCAUCAAGUCCUCGGAUAUCUGCGUUAUUAGACAACAAAGAAAAGGAUAAAGACAACAAGAGCUAUCUUGCCACAAUAGCCCCCAGAAGACUAAGCAGUACAAGUGAUUUAGAAGAAAAAGAAAACAGAGAAUCAGCCGUUAACAUAGUGCGGAGUGGCUCUUACACCCGGCAGCCAUGGAGGGAUGAAUCCAAGGGAAACGAAGCUCCCCAUUCUGGUGCUCCUACUACCUAUGUAUCUACAUACUUGAAAAGUGCUUCAUUUGGUAGAAGUAGUGACCUCAGCAGUCCCUACAUUUCAUCCAGUCGCAAUACAUCUCUAGCUACCUCACCCACUACCACUGGUUCAUCUACCUCACUGAGCGCCCCGUGGCAACCUGCCUCUGCCUGUCCCACACCUCUCGGUGCGAACACUACUGCGUCAGCCCGCCAGUAUACCAGAGCCCCUUUCAGGCAACAAACUGAUUCUGCUGUAGAGAAAAGUACAGAGGGCCUCUCUGCUAGCACCCCCCUAGGUGUAAUCACAAACCGUGCUGUGCUCGGCUCUGCUAACGGUAUUGCCAAUGCCGGUGCUGCCUCAACUACAGGAAAGGACUUCUCAGCUGAGGAAGCCAGGGAGCGCAGAAGGUCAUAUCUGACUCCAGUACGGGAUGAGGAAGCAGAAUCACUGAGAAAGGCACGAUCCAGACAGGCUCGACAGACUCGCAGGUCUACACAGGGUGUGACACUGACAGACCUUCAGGAGGCAGAGCGAACCUUCAGCCGGUCUCGGGCAGAACGGCAAGCUCAGGAGCAGCAAAGUGAGAAAGCUGAGAGCACUGAGCCUGCUGAGGACAGCAGUGAGAGGCAGGAAACCCGGUCACGGUGGAGCAGAAAUACAGAUGAUGAGACUGUCUAUCGGCGAUUAAGGUGCCCAGCACAACCAGACAAACCUACAACACCUGUAUCUCCUUCUACGUCAGCACCUCUCCUUUAUACAAGUUCUUAUCUAACUCGAACAAAUAAGUAUCUAGAUCUUGACUCUGUGAAUCCGGCAGACUUCAGAGGUGCAGCCACAGUGAUGGAGAAAAAUGAGUGCGAAGAUCCAGAUUUAGACGACAGAUCUUCAAACAAGCAGUCAAUCCGAGAGAGGAGGCGGCCGAAAGAGAGGCGAAGAGGCACCGGCAUCAUUUUCUCAACAAAAGAUGAUGAUGAUGAAGUUGAUGGAAAUGAGGAAGUGAAGGAAACUCGGCAUGAAAGACUUUCCAGGUUGGAAGCAGCUACAAACCCUGCUACUGCCAGUGACUCCUCCUCCUACAGCGAUCGUGCCUCCAGCCGCUCCAGUGCCUACACCCGGAGGGAGAACCGGUUAGCUGCCCUCAGCAGCAGAGCAGAAGAGGAGAGUAACAGGGACUAUAAAAAGUUAUAUGAAAGUGCCCUGUCUGAAAAUCAAAAGCUGAAGUCAAAACUGCAAGAAGCCCAGCUUGAGUUGGCCGACAUCAAAUCUAAGUUGGAAAAAGCAGCCCAGCAGAAACAGGAGAAAACUUCUGACCGGUCUAGCAUGCUGGAGAUGGAGAAAAGGGAGAAGCGAGCCCUGGAGCGGAAACUCUCUGAAAUGGAGGAGGAGAUGAAGAUUUUGACGGAGCUGAAGUCGGACAAUCAAAGGCUGAAGGACGAGAACGGAGCGCUCAUUCGUGUCAUCAGCAAGCUCUCCAAAUAGGAAGCCUGAGCGAAGGCAGGACGAGGAGGGGUGUCCUACACGAGCUGCCAACCCCGCACCAAGCCCUACCCCCUCUUUUCCUCCUGUCAAAAGUACAGCAAGCAUUUCAGCCAUGGGAUCAACGUCACACCUGCCUUGCCCUGCCCUUUGCUGUACAUUCCCUUCCUGCCCUUUUUUCCCCCACAACACACACCCCUGCCAUUUUACGAUUUUUAAUUUAAGCAUGUUGUGGUAUCUCGGACAUUUUAUUCAAGGGAGAAGAGAAGAAACAUAAGGACCGGUUUUGAGCUGCCAAAACUUUUCCUUCCGGAAGCCCGGUAUAUGGCAUUGGACUCCGGUUUGGAGUAGGUAGCUUCUACUUCAAAAAGUGACGCCUAAAGAACUAAUCCGGCACGUCCAAGCCCUUUCUAGGUGGGAAAUGUGAACGUGGGCUGGGACUCUGCGGAUGUGCAUCAGCCCACCUGGGAUGUGGGACUCUGGCUAUAAAGCGAUGCUGUGAAAGCCACCAGAGCUGUAACGGGCUGCUUUGCACAGAGACCUUGUUCUUCUUUUGCCCCGGUAGACCAAGCUUUUUUAUUUAGUGUAAGAUCUGAGAAAAUGAGUGCUGACUCAGCACGAGGCCCCCAUCCCUCACCCUGCCUUGCCCCCGCAGCCUGGGGGAUGGCGUCCCGCGCUGCGUCCGUCGGGGCUCCUGCCCGGCGCUCUGCGGCCAGCGGCAUCUGCUCGCUGCCUCCGGGCUCUUGCUUCUCAGGAUAACAUCACAGGUACUCGCCAAACCUUCUGAAGGAGAAGCUUGACCCGGUAGAGAUCCUCUGCUGCCUUCACAUGCAUUCGGGUGUGAAUCACUUGGCAGGGAGCUGUGCCCACACGAGGAACCAGCCUCCCUGUCCUAACGGUGUGGGGGGCACCUUCCUGCCAGCUGUCGGUGAAGGCAGAGCCCCUAGAGCAGUCUGGUCGGGUAUUUCAGGUACCGUGCGUUGGUUUUCAGCAUCAGGCUGACCAGCUGGAACACAGUUUUGUUUCUGGGGAACGGAGACAAGAGAGGGAAUGCCAGAGUCCCGUCCCACCCACCCUUCCCUCUGUGGGAAAGCUCGGCGCAGCUCAGUUUCGAGGCGGAGGAGCAUGGAGCGGUGAUCGCUCGUCCUCCCGCAUGCCUCGGGAGGCUGCCCCCGUGCCAGGGGCAGGAAGGAGCUGCCCUUGGGCACGCUGGUAGCUGUGUCUCUAGGACAAAAGUCUUUUAAUCUGUCAAAAGCUUGCAAUAAGCCUUGACCUUGAAGGAAACCUCAAAGAAUCAGAAAACAAAAGCUUUGAUGUUGUACGUACUCAGAACAGUUUGAAAUUGUUCUCUCUAUGGGCAUUUAGACAGCGACUCCUCCAGGUGCUGCGCGACGCCGGUAGCAGCAGUGGCCUGGUAUCAGACCUGUUGAGCUUCCCCUUUUAACAGAUCCCUCCCAAAAGAUACCUUCCCUCUACCACACUUCUUGCUGGGUGCAACCCCCUUUCCGUCUCCUUCCACGUUUCCCCUCUCGUUUCCUUCGCCCUGUGAGUUCCCUGCUCCGUGUGGCUCGGGCACCAAGCUCGGAGGUUGCCACAAGUCUCACCCAGCUCCGUGGUGCUGCCGGGCUGGGGGGGCUCUGCUGGGAGCGGAGAGGAGACACCUGAAUCAGGAGCAUAACUCUUGAGCUUGCUCAACAGGGUAACAUUUUUCGGUCUGUCCUAGGCUUUUUGGAACCUUUUGCUGGUUAUUUCUUCAGAAAGCGCGUGUAUUUUCCUCUCCCUUGGGUGUUUUUUUUUUUGUUUGUUUCAUUUCUUUUUAACUCUCUUUUUUUUUUUUUCCUUCCCCUCCCCGUCCUGCCUGUUUCCACCUCUCUGGCUCUUGCUGGAGCUGCCCUGCAAACACUGGCAGCUCCGGACGGAGCUUCUUCUGCUCCGCUCUUCAGCCAGCGGAGUUACGUGGGCGCGACACGAGAUGCCGUUCCUCCUGGUACACUGAGGCCCUUCCUCUGCUGCUGUGCUUUGGGGAGGAAGAGACCAAAGCUGGUAAUGGCAUCAGGGUUUCUGCAGAGCACUGCCUAAGCCAGGCAUCUUUUUUUUUUUUUUAUUACUUUAUUUUAACCCUGCUAUAUUUAACAGCUUUAAGUCUUGAGAUCCGGUCAAUGCUUUUUCUGCACGCCGUUCCCACUUGGUGCACUCUUUAUGUGAGUACUUCUGCGUUUCUUGGUGUUUUCUCAGUGGUCCACCCCUCGCUCCAGACCUGGGCUCUCUCGUCCCUAACGGGGGCAGGAGCCCGGCCCCCUGUGCUGCCCGCGGGGCGGCCGCCCCCCUCCUUCUGCCUGGCGUGCCAGGGCCCGAGCGCCAGGCUGUGCGUGCCCAGCGGGACGAGGGGCAGGAUCUCAGACCGAAGACCCUGCUCUCGCGAGGCAGGUUCCUGGCAGCGGGAGGAAGCCCGGUAUCUGUUUUGGGAGAGGGUUCAACCCAAUCUGACAAAUCCAUCCCGCACUGACAUGUUGCCCCUUCCCACCCGGACGCUCAUUGCGUUUUAUCCGAAGGAACAGUAUGCAAAGGGCGCAGAAGGCUUCAUCCCUCUGCACGGCACCUUGCGAAGCCAAACCACUUUAGAUGAAGUGUCUGCUUAGCACUGGAUUAUCCUCCCACGCCUCGAGCGGCGCGGAGGACCCACCACCAGUUUAGUCGUGCUGACUAGCCAAAGCUGUGAGUACUUGGUGAUGACAAUGUAAUUGCAAACCAAAUUCGUGAGAAUGGUUUUUGGUCUCACUUCGCAAUGCCUGACAUAACCAGUGCACUGAGGAGGUAGCGAAUAGGAUACCUUGCAUUCUGCGCUUGGGACAGAGUGCAAAGAAGGCAGUUUUUAAAACUGAUCCCUAUUUGAACCAUUUGCCAGACGUGGUCUCCAUUGGAGAACACAAGCUUUUUUUCUAAGCAAUUGCUUGGGGUGAAUUCAUUUUUAUUGCUUGGGGUGAACCCGCCUGUUGUGGCUGCAAGUUUGAUGAUGGCUCUUUGUAAAUAAACUCCUUGGAGAAAGCAGGACUAGCUUACGAGAUGGGGAGAGAAUGUAUUUUUAUGCAACUUUGAGUGGCCUUCCAAACCCUGAGAUGAAUGAUUUGUUUUACUGGUUGUUGUUAUAUAGUAUUAUAAGUAUUAUGUGUUUGAAAGUUUGGGAAUAAUAUUCACAUCUAUGAUGCUUGUAAACACAACAGUAUUUAUAAAUGAAUAAAAUAAGAGUUGAUAAAAUAGAA